GAGCUAUAUCAGCGGGCACUUGCCUGUCGAACCCCCGAGCAGGCUAGGUCGUCCACCAUGAUUGCCGGCAUCUUCUGCCUGCUGCUGUCGGUUCCACCGGCAAUUAUCGGCGUCGCUGGAGCAGCAGCUGAUUGGAACGCUACGUCGUACACUGGAGAAGUCCCGAUCCCCCCAAGCCAGAUGGGAAUGAUCCUUCCCCUGUCUCUCCAGUAUCUGUGCCCCACCCCCGUCGCCGUCGUUGGUCUGGGUGCCGUCUCCGCUGCAGUCAUGUCCUCUACAGACUCUACUGUUCUCGUCACCUCGUCAGUCUUCACCAAGAAUAUCUACAAGACUCUCAUUCGCACUAGGGCUUCUCCUCGAGAAAUGAUGUGGGUAAUGAGACUGGCUAUCAUUGUGGCCGGAACACUAGCUACCAUACUGGCCAUUGUGGGGAAGAGCGUCUACGGUCUGUUCGUCCUCUCCUCCGACCUCAUGUACGUCAUCCUCUUCCCCCAGUUUAUCAGCGUCAUGUACUCGAAAACCGUUAACGCCUACGGGUCUCUAGUUGGCUUCAUCAUAGGAUUUGUAGUCCGCAUAGGGGCUGGGGAGCCUCUCAUCAACCUCCCGAUCUUCAUCACCUUCCCAUUCUAUACAGAGACAGACGGUCAGAGGUUCCCCUACAGAACCUUCAUCUGUGUCAUCACGUUCGGUGUCAUAUACUGCGUGUCUCGGUUGGCGGAUGUCUUGUUUGACAAAGGAAUUCUUCCGCAAAAGUUCGAUGUUUUAAAACGGCCAAGGAACAUACCACAUGGUGAGGCUGCAGAGGUUGAAGAGAUGCUUGACAAAUAAUCAACGUCUCACACAUCAGACGGUGGUGCGUUUGAGACCAGCGUUGAAGCAAAACUGUUCCAAGAAUUAACAAUGUUUGCAAUUUUAAGAUGCUAUACAUUUUUAUUACACAUACUUAGACAGAGGCCAUACCCGGAUUACAGUGUAUUCAUUACUAUGAUGAAUGUUAUAAUUAGAUUUGUAUUCAAGUUGAAUUGAAUUUACAGGCAGCACAUUGUUUAUCAAAUCCUUGAAAUUUUCGUGUAUGUUAUGUACAUAAUUUGUUAUUUGACAGUGAAUGUCCUAAUUCUCUUACAGUACAUACUGAUGUAAAUGAAAUGUAAAUGUACAGUGUAGAUGCGCAUACAUCUGUAGAUAUAAAUGAAUCCAUUUAAAUAUGUACAUAAUAGAUUUAUUACACCUUUGAAUACAUGCAGUAACUCUA